CUCUCCUCCCCCCCCCCCCCCCAAAGCCCUCAUCUCAUGCCCCCCAACCAACGACGGUGUCCCUCACUACUCCUCACUAGAGUCACUACUUCAAGACUACUUCCAACUAACUAUCCUGGCGUUUUCCUGGCUUUUUGCUUGAAGUUUUUGCCGCCUCUUUUUGCCUCCCGCGCCGGUGCUGCUGGCCGUUGGGGCUCCGGAGUCCAGACUUCUCGUGUCUUGCCGCCUUGACUGGCUUGAUGUUGCAUCUUGGUUUCCACCUUUGCACUCUUUUUGCCCGCCCAUCAUCACCCCAUCAAUUACCGAUGCCGAGUAGUGUCCUAGCCUAGUGUAGUGUCCCGUCAUAUUCUCCUUCUUCCAUCUUCGCCUUGCGUGUCAAAUUGCCCUUCCCGUCGGUAGCCUUGUAUCUAUCUAUAUGUCGUUCUAUAUAGCCGUGCUGGACCCGCCCAAUUGCGCCGGUCAAGGCAAAACUAACAUAUUUCUUAUUUUUUCUUUAUUUUUUAUUUUAUUUUUCUACAUUUUUACAUUUUUGGUUAUUAUUUAUAUAUCUUGGUUUCCCCGAGGUUAGAUAACUAGAUUAGCUAACAAAAUUAAUUCCCUCUCUCCUUCAGAGUUUAACUUUUUAUCGUUGCUCCAACUCGGAAAAUAUAUAUACACAUAUUAUUACAAUAUCCUUUAUAUGUAUUCGCUAGUAUAGGAUCCUAACCCUGAGGAUCACCCCGGAAAACCAUUGAGGAACCCCUCUGUUUAACUACUCCCCUCUUCUCCUCCCCCCCUUUUCCUGUCUGUCCGCCGGGAUGGAUGAUCUUGCAAAGGACCUUGAAAAGGCUGAGCUCCGCGCAGCUGCCAGUGCCGGCCAACAUAUCCCCCUUCCCGAAUCCCAGGACCCUCCCCGACGUUCAAGAUCUCGCUCAAGAUCUCGCUCAAGAUCUCGCUCCAGCUUUGCUUCUAUCUCCUCCGCUGCCUCCUCCUCUUCCGCUGGUUCUGGCAGUUCGUGCUCAGACAGCUCCUCCAGCAGACAUUCUCUCCAUGGCAUAGCCAGCGUCCAGACACAGCGUGACCUCGAACGGCAUCCCACUGCCCUCAGCCGUAUAGCUACCCAGCGAAGUCAGCAUUCCGCCACUGUCGGCGCGGGCCUCCGCUCCCGCCCGCCCAGGAAGCCAUUGCCGCCGUUUGGUGCGGGGAAGCCUUACCCGCCCUUGCUACCUGAGCGGGAGGAGUAUGUCGUCGAGUUCGAUGGACCGGACGACCCUUUACACCCUCAAAACUGGCUAAUGAGGAAGAAAGUCUUUACAGGCAUAAUCCUAGGCUGGACCACCAUCAUCUCCUCCUUCACCAGCAGUCUCUUCUCCACCGCAACCGCAGACGUCUCCCGCAUCUACGGCAUAUCUACCCAAGUCGCCAUCCUAGGCCUCUCCCUCUACGUCCUCGGCUUCGCCACCGGACCGCUAGUCUGGGCCCCGCUCUCCGAGCUCAAGGGCCGCCGCCUCCCGCUCCUCAUCGCCACUUUCGGCUUCACCAUCUUCCAAUUCGCCGGCGGCGCCGCCAAGGAUCUCCAGACAAUCAUGCUGUGCCGAUUCUUCGGCGGCUUCUUCGGCGCCUGCCCCCUCGCCGUCGUCGCAGCCGUCUUCUCAGACAUGUUUGACAGCCGCCUACGCGGCCUCGCCAUCACCGUCUUCUCCAUGACCGUCUUCACGGGACCCCUGCUUGCCCCCUUCGUAGGCGGCUUCAUCGUCACCAGCCACCUCGGCUGGCGCUGGACCCAGUACCUCCCCGGCAUCUUCGGCGCCAGCGCCUUUAUCCUCGACAGCGUCUUCUUCGAAGAAACCUACCCGCCCGUUGUGCUCGUGGACAAAGCCGCCGAGCUGCGCCGGCGCACGCGCAACUGGGGCAUCCACGCCAAACAGGAAGAGAUCGAAAUCGACCUGCGCGAGCUGCUCGAGAAGAACUUCAGCCGCCCGCUGAAGAUCCUCGUCACCGAGCCCAUCGUGCUUCUCCUCAGCAUCUACCUCGCCUUCAUCUACGGCAUCCUCUACCUCUUCAUGACCGCGUACCCGAUCGUCUUCCAGAACAUCCACGGCUUCAGUCCCGGCGUCGGCGGCCUGCCGUACUUCGGCAUGAUCAUAGGCCAGCUCAUCGGCGGCCUCACGAUCAUCCUGUCCCAGCCGUGGUAUACGCGGAAACUAGCCGCGAAUGGCGACGUGCCCGUGCCGGAAUGGCGCCUGCCGCCCGCCAUUGCUGGUGGCUUCUCGUUCGCCGGAGGACUGUUUUGGUUCGGGUGGUCUGGCUUCACGGCUGAUAUCCACUGGAUCGUACCGACGUUAUCGGGCUUGUUGACCGGGUUCGGUCUGUUGGUGAUCUUCCUACAGGCAUUGAACUAUAUCAUUGAUGCGUACUUACUUUUUGCUGCCUCCGCCAUCGCCGCAAACACUCUCCUCCGCUCCAUCGCCGGAGCCGCAUUCCCCCUAUUCGCAGAACGCCUGUUCGCCGCCCUCGGCGUAAACUGGACCGGCACCCUCCUAGGCUGCAUCGCCCUCGCACUUGCCCCCAUCCCCGUCAUAUUCUACAUCUACGGCGCGCGGAUCCGCGCACACAGCAAGUUUUCCACAAAACACUUCCUGGAGGAUGAAUGA